AUGUUUUGUUUGUUACUAUACAUCAAAAAAGAGAAAAACUAGAGCUCUGAACAAAGUUUUUUUUUUAACUUCUUUCCAUAUGGAUGUGAGGAAAAUAGUGAUAAUAGUAGAAGAUGUACAAGUAUCAAGAACAGCUCUACAAUGGGCUCUUCAUAAUCUCUUACGAUAUGGAGAUUUAGUAACACUUCUUCACGUUUUCCCAAAUUUGAGAUCCAGAACCAGCAACAAACUUAGGCUUCUUCGCCUUAAAGGUUUUCAAUUAGCUCUCUCUUUUCAAGACCUUUGCAACAAUUUUCCCAACACCAAGACAGAGAUUGUGGUCACUGAAGGAGAUCAAGAUGGUGGCAAAAUUGCUGAAAUGGUUAGACAAAUUGGAGCUUCAACUCUUGUUGUUGGACUUCAUGAUCAUAGCUUCAUCUACAAGAUGGCCAUGGCCCAUAACAGUAUAGCUAGCAAUUUGAAUUGCAAAGUAGUGGCUAUCAAGCAACCAACACCUUUGACCACCACCACAACAAGGAAAAGGACUAUUUCCUUACCUAACAGUUCAACCAACAUGGACUUGUCACAGAUUGAAAUAGCAGCACUGAGUGUCCCGGAAAUUAAUCCACCAAAAAUUCCAUAUCAAGUUUGUCCAGACCCGAGUGCUAUUAUUUGGAGAAAGGGGAGAUCCAGAAGCUGGACAAGAAGAGAUUAAAAAUCAAGAAUUAUGUAUAUCUGCUGUUAUUAAUUAUUUGAUGACAAAAGUGGUUUUUGAAUUUGUUAGUUUGACUCAACAGGGC